AUGGAAAUGCCAGAGACCGACAAAGCGCUGGCCCAACUCCUGCGAGCCAUUCCGUACCUGAUCAUGAUGGGCUGCUUCUUCGCCGCGAUAACUUAUAUCCCAUCUCGAAGAGAACACGAAAUCAAACUCCAAAAGCUGCGUCUCGAAGCCCAAAACCCAAAACAACAAGACGAAACCCCAAAACCAAGUCCACAAACCUCGAAAAACAACGAGCUCCCCCACCCACCACCCCUCAAAGCCUCCGACCACCUCACCGACGCCAAACACCACCUCCUCCUCGCAGCAACCGGCUCCGUCGCCACAAUCAAACUCCCCAACAUCCUACACGCCCUCUCACACCACCCCAACCUCUCCAUCCGCAUCCUCCUCACGCCCUCCGCAACCACCUUCCUGCAAUCCCAAUCCCCGGAACAACCCUCGCUCCCCUCCCUCCUCGCCAUCCCCAACGUCGAAGCAAUCUACCGCGACGAAGACGAAUGGCUCGUCCCCUGGACGCGCGGAGCCCCGAUCCUGCACAUCGAGCUGCGGCGCUGGGCGGAUCUGCUGGUCAUCGCGCCGUUGUCGGCGAAUUCGCUCGCAAAGAUCUCGCUCGGAUUAUCCUCUGACUUAGUCUCCUCUGUCGUUCGGGCAUGGGAUUCGACGGGCGGGUUGAUCGAUAAGCCUCGGCCGGGAGUUGCGCUGCCUUAUGGCGAGAAGCGCGAUCGGAAGGGGAUUCUGGUGGCGCCGGCGAUGAAUACGGCCAUGUGGAAUCAUCCGGUUACGGCGAGGCAUUUGGCGAUGUUGGAGGAGUGGAGUGUGGAGAAGGGAGGGUGGAUUGAGGUUUUGAGGCCGAUUGAGAAGGAUUUGGCGUGUGGGGAUAUGGGCGGUGGGGCGAUGAAGGAGUGGAAGGAUAUUGUGGGUGUGAUUGAGGAGAGGUUGGGGUUGGGGUCGACAGGGGGCGAGGAGGAGUAUGUGGCUAUUAAGGGAGGGAAGUUGGCGAAGUGA